AUGAGCCUGCUCGAAAACGACGCGUUUCUUGAAGAGCUCACGAAAUUGUAUAAACUUUCGAAGACAAAGAAAAGCGGGAGCGUGUGGGUAACGUUCAAGCAGUACCGACACAUAGACAAACCAAAAAAAAGCAAAAAAGAUGCUGAGCAGGAGGAGAAGCCAUCCGAGCAGGUUCUUCUUCGUGCAACAAACGGGAGCAAAAAGAUAUCAACCAUCGUCAAGAAAAAGGAGGUUGGCAAGUUCAAUCAAAAGCUCCGUGAUGUGAUGGGCAGUGAGUUCAAUUUAAAGCGUGACCAUUGA